AAGUUGCAGGUAGGCAGGACAGGGGUGCUGGUGGGUGCCAAGGAGGGGCUCAGAAUCUGCUCAGCAACUCACCGCGCUCACCAAUCAGUUUGUGCUGACAAUCCCAGCUCAGAGGCCGCGCCGACGCAUUCUCCGUUUCAGACACACGUUGGAUAACGCGUUCAGUGACAGCUCGUGCGGGGCGGGGGAGCCACGGGCGAAAAACGUUUUCAUGUACGUUUUACCAUGACAUAAGUGAUAUUUCUUUGGCAUACGAGUCCAGAUUGUUGCGUUCAGCCGAUGUGCGAAAGAGGAUAGAAUAUCGUUUUUUAGUUAAGAGUGAUUUGACAAAAACACGAUGGCAGAGUCAGGCUCUACAACCUACAUUCCAAUGGAGAUAAAGAAGACGCCUUCCCACCCUUUCCUUCGAGAAAACAACUUCACGCUUCUCAGGCCAAGUAAAUCAGACAGCCCGCGCAUGCGUGGACCCCGACGAGUGCUGCGGCUGUGCAUGUUUUCCCUUUUGCUCCCGGCUCUACUCAUCACCAUUCCGCUUUACAUGCGCAUGGUACUGUACCCGCCAAGUCAGUAUCCGAUGAUGCCUACUGACCAGCGUCUUCUCAGCCGCCACGUAUCUUCUGUAUGGUGCCAGGCACAGUUGGCCCGCAUGAACGGAAGCUUCACGGCCUUCCUCUCGCCGGAUACCCCCCACAUCCUCAGCUCCCCCCGGGUACAUGCCAUGAUCCACUCGAUCGCCCUGGGAGACGACGUCAAGGAGUACUGGGGCUUCCACCUCCUCAAGGGAUCCAAGGUCACCGUUUCCGCGUGCUCAAGGUAUGAUGGAGCGCAGCUGAUGAUGCUACGGGGCGUCGAGAACCUCCGUCGGUGUGCUUGGAUUGGCGAGGAAGACUCCAAAGAAGAGGAAGAGGAGCUGGCAAAUAUGGAAGUGCCAGAGAAUAAAGAAGAGGUAAAAGGAGAGGAAGGGGAAUUGGAAGAGAUGGAGGAAGAGGGAGAGGAAGAGGAGCCAAAUCAAGGACUUGGAAUGAAUGCAGAAGGGGCAAACGUGAAUGGUCUCCUAAUGCCAGAAAAGAAAAUGUCUGAAUUCGCUGAACGAGAGGAUGAUCAGCCCGAGAUCGUGGAUGAGGCGCAGCGGGGCCAGACGAACAACAGCGAGCAACCUAAUGGCGAUGGAGCGGACGAGAUUUUACGAGCAAGUCUGGAUGAAACACAUCCCAGAGGACAAGUAGACAUGUCAGAAGAGAGGCGGCAGGACCUGCAGCAACUGCUGAGGCAGGCGCUGAGCAUGAGCAAAGACAAGAAAGAAAUCUUACGGAUCCUUCAUUCGGUGGGGCGUGAAAGGGACCAGCCGCUUCCUCAAAGGAUCCAGCAGAUCCUUGGGGUGACGCCCACAAGCAGCCCCAGCCGGCGAAGGAGAUCUCAGCCGCAAUUGUCUUUACUCAGGCAAGAAAGAGCUAUUGACAUGGAAGAUGCCGAUAACGCACACGAGGUUUUUGACGAGGAGGAGCCUACUCGGCCGACCAAAGUUGCUGUAAAAAGGCCACCAGAAGACAUCGAAAAAAUCGUGGGCGGCCAAAUUCUCUUCCCCGAGGGACUCAAGUUCGAGAGAGGGAAGUUUAACCAAACGACUGCCAACGACGGCUCGGACGAGGAGAACGUGUCUUCCUACUCGAGCAGUGAAGAGGCGCUGGCCAGUUGCGAAGGCGUCAUCAUGUCCCUCCCGCUGGUCUCUUACCGCGGGUGUAAUAUUCGCUGGACAGAAAUCAAUAAGUUCACCUACGAUAUCCCCGUCACUGGGACUUACUACUUUGUCUUUUCUAGUGAGAAUGAGAUAAAUGAAAACAAAUUCUUCUUCAAUCUAACGUUUGAAAGAAUGGUUUACGACACAACGAAAUCCGCGACCGUGUGCGAAAACAAAACGGAGUGCCUAGUGCCCCUUUCCUUCUGGUCGACCGAGCGUGCCGUGGUGGAGGUGCCAGAGGAAAGCACUUGGGAUCAUUCCUAUGUCAUGGAUACCACAUGUGAGCCGCGUGUGGCCGUUUACCUCACUUUCAUCCUUCUUGUGCCAUUUGUAAUACUUAUUUGUGCCUUUCAAUAGCCUUUUAACUUUCAAUAGAUUUUAUAUUCUUUUGUCAUCUCAGCUAUGUCUUCCAUUGAGUGCCUUCACAGCGUCUUAACAUAAAUCGGUGGUUCCCACGUGCCUUCAGUGCACGAGUCUUGUGUACAGAAGCAGCUACUGUUUCCACUUUAGUUUAUCAUGGGUCUUAAACUGUAUCAGGCAAUACAAGUGUAGUUGAUGUAUCCGUUAUUUCUAAGGAGUUUCUUUGUCCCAUUUCACAAUAAUAUUUAUCUUUUUAUUUAUUCAGUGUUUCCAAAUGAUCUCAUUCGACCAUGAUUCGUCAAUUUUUUUAUCGUAUCAAUCAAAAGUUGAAUAAUUUAAAUAACUUCACAACAGAAAAAUAGUUUCAGAGGGAAUGGGAUAAUGUUCCUUAAUUGAAGCAUAUUGAAGGAUGAAUACUCAACAUGCAAACCAGUCUUGUGUUAAGCAAUAGUGCUGAUAUGCCAAGGUUUCCUCUUGGAAAUCGUGUAAAUGAUUGUGGUUUGUUGACUAAUCUGUUUCUUAAAAGUAUGUAUAAAGGCUGUGCGAACUGGAUAUAGUUUCUUCUGUAGUUCCAAUGUGUAAAGAGUUAGUAGAUACUGCUCUAUUGGUCUUCAUGCUUCCUUACCGGAACAUCCAAUAAAAUUAUUUAUUUGUCGUAAGGAAAACACUAUUCCUUUAUUGGGAAACGCUUCAGCCAACCUUGUUAAGCCAAUAAUUUAUGUUUACCUUUCGAUCAUGUAUGUAUAGUCAGUACUGUGGAUUCACGGAUGAAAAGUUUCUAGUCUUUGUAAAUAUGAUUUUUAUUGCAGACUGUACAGCACUUAUAUCAAAUAAUUGAAUUCUAGACUGGUGGCCGAAGGUCAACGCUAGUUCUGCUAUUUACUAGAACAGGAACAAUGUACUUUAGUUAUUCAUAUGGCGCAUGUACAUAAAAGCGCACGCGCGCGCACACACAAGUGAUACACUUGACAUUAAACAAUAUACAGUCAGACCUAGUAUAUUAGUAUUUUAUGAUGUCUAUGUGAACUUGAUAUAAAUGUUUGUACACUGUGCUUGCUUCCAAGAUAAGUUUUCCGUUUUAUGGAGAAUCGCUUUCUAUCAACUUCAUGUGCCUUAUCCUUUUUUAUAAUGUGCAAUAAUACAUGUGUAUACUAAAUAUAAGGUUAUUUUAAAUAGAAUGAAAAGGAAUAAAAUUGCGUGUUAUUUCAAAAA